AUGGUGGAUGUACCAUUGUCUCAAGAGUUGCCUGAUUUUAUUUCUUUCAGAGAUGAGAAUGGCAUUAUGGUGAGAGUUGCCAUUUUUUAUGAAUGGAGGCCAACAAUUUGCACUAAAUGCAAGAUGUUUGGUCACCUACAGACUGAAUGCAGACAAGGUCAGAAAAAGAUCUGGAUUAGGAAAGCUCAACCAUCUGUUUCAAUCCCAGUUCAAUCAACUGAGCAGGGUGAUCAUGUGGUUAGUCCUAUUGUGGAUCAAGAAGGUUUUCAAAGAUCUUUGAGACCAAUUAGAGUGAGAGUUGGUCUGGAAACUCCAGUUAGAACUUCUAAUACUUUUCAGAUAUUGGAGGCCUCUUUACUUGAUAAGGAGGAACUGGUAGGAGAACAGGGCCUAAACUCCAUUCAGAAACAGAAUGAGGUGAAUCACUUUAUUCAGAAGUAUGCAGUGGGUUUGGUGGGGCUCCUGGAACAUAAGGUAAAGCUCUCUAAUCUAGGGAAGCUUUAUCAGAAAGUUUUUGUAAAUUGGUGCUUUACUAGCAACUCUAGCUAUCACUCUGGUGGUAGGAUAGUUGUAGCCUGGAAGGCUGGUUGCUUCACAGUUAACAUUGUUGCUGCAUCCAGUCAGUUUGUUCAUUGCCAUGUUACUCCUGUAAGUGGUAGGAAACCCUUUUAUUGCACCUUUGUUUAUGCUUUUAAUGAUGCUGGUAUGAGACAAGAUCUAUGGAGGGAUUUGUUGUUGCUUAACACUCAAGAACCCUGGAUUGUGUGUGGGGAUUUCAACUGUGUUAUGGCAUUAGAUGAGAGAAUUGGAGCUCCUCUCAGACAUAGAGAUAUUGUGGAUGUGAGCAACUGUAUGCAUGCUUGUGGUAUGGAGGACAUCAAGUGUGUGGGUAAUCUUUUCACCUGGAACAACAAGCAACAAGGUAACAACAGAGUUUUUUCAAAAAAUGAUAGAUUUAUGGCUAAUCAAGCUUGGCAAACUUGCUUUCCUGUUGCUGAGGUAUGUUUUAUGCCAGAAGGACUUUUUGAUCACUCUCCAGGUCUUCUUUCUGUGUUUCCCAGAGAUGAUGGAGGGAAGAAAACAUUUAAGUAUUUUACUAUGUGGAAGUCCUCAAAUGUGUUUUCUGACAUUGUCCAGCAGGCUUGGAAUACUCAGUUUAUUGGCACUAAAAUGUUCAUUCUGAUUAAUAAACUGAAAAGAGUUAAACUGGCUCUUAAAGAGUUGAAUAAAGUAGGUUUUACAGGUAUUCAAACAGCAGAUUUGAGAGCAUAUCAGACUAUGGUGAGUGCACAAACUGCAAUGCAUAAUAAUCCUUCUGAUCAAAGUUUUGCAGAUGCAGAGUUGAUUGCAAUUCAGGAGUAUAAGGAGAAACAUAAUGCUUAUUUGGCUUUACUCAGUCAGAAAGCAAAAUUGUCUUGGCUUAAAGAUGGAGAUGAGAAUACUUCUCUUUUUCAUCAGAGUAUCAAGACUAGAAAAGUUCAGAACCAAGUGUAUAGCAUUUAUGAUAUGCAAGGAGAAUGGAAAGAUACAGCUGAUGGGGUGUCCAAAGCUUUUUUGGAUUAUUAUAAAAUGCUCCUAGGUAGUACUUCUGAUAACAGAACACCAGUUAACAAGGAGGUGGUGCAGCAGGGGCCAGUCUGUUUGGAUCAUCAUAAAGCUAUACUCAAUGCUCCUUAUACAGCAGAUGAAGUUAAGAAGGCUCUUUUCUUUAUUCCAGGUAUUAAAGCUCCAGGUCCAGAUGGUUUUGGCUCUUAUUUUUACAAAGAUGCUUGGCAUAUUGUUGGGGAUGAAGUCAUUGCAGCCAUUCUUGAUAUGUUACAGCAAGGAAGAAUCUUGAAGGAGGUGAACCACACUGUGAUUACUCUUAUCCCCAAGACUAAAUGUCCAAAGGAUGUGAGUGAGUUCAGGCCAAUUUCUUGCUGCAACACCAUUUAUAAGUGCAUAACAAAAGUUUUGUGUGGGAGAUUAAGACAAGUUGUUCUUGAUCUCAUCAUGGAAAAUCAAGGAGGUUUUGUUCAUGGGAGAUACAUAGUUCAUAAUACUAUGGUUGUGCAAGAUUUAGUCAGGCAUUAUGGGAGGAAAGGGGUUAAGCCUAGCUUCCUUAUGAAGAUUGAUCUUCAAAAAGCCUAUGAUACUGUUGAUUGGCAGUUCUUACAGGAGAUGCUGGUUCUUUUGGACUUCCCAAAGCAGUUUGUUGAUAUGGUUAUGCAAUGUGUUACUACUCCCAUGUUUUCUUUGAUGCUGAAUGGUUCUAUGCAUGGGUUUUUUAAAUCCAAGAGAGGUUUGAGGCAAGGAGACCCUAUCUCUCCUCUGUUAUUUGUCAUUUGCAUGGAAUAUUUGUCUAGAAUUCUGAAUAGAGUGAGCUCUAUAUCAGUUCCAGUUUCAUCCAAGGUCAAGGGAGAUUAUCAGUCUAUUUACUUGUUGCUUCAAGCUUUCAAGUUGUUUUCUGAUACUUCUGGCUUAAAGGCAAAUCAACAAAAGUCUUCUAUCUACUGUCAUGGCAUGCAUGAAUCUGAAAUUCAGAGGGUAGUAGAUGUUUCUGGUUUUUCUAGAAGUAUGUUUCCAUUCAAAUAUUUUGGGGUCCCUAUAUGUUCUAAGAAGAUCUAUGUGGCUCAGUGUGCUCAUUUGGUGGAUAAGAUGAUCACUAGGGUAAAAAUUUGGAGUUCUAGGAAUUUAUCCUAUACAGCAAGAAUGCAGCUUGUUAAUUCAGUUUUACUGAGUUUGCACAUGUAUUGGGCACAAAUUUAUGUGCUUCCAAAAGGUGUUCUUCAAGAUAUAGUGAAGAUCUGCAGAGCCUUCCUAUGGAGUGGCCAUGCUUUCAGUCAUAAACCAAGUAACAUAGCUUGGGAUAAAGUCUGUAGUGACAAGCACACUAGGGGGUUGGGGUUUAGAGAUGUUCAGAAGUGGAAUAUUGCCUUUAUGGGGAAAUAUGUUUGGGCUUUAGUCAAGAAUCAGGAUAAUGUGUGGAUUAGGUGGAUUAAUUCAGUCUACUUAAAGGAUGGGGAUUGGUGGGAGUAUCAGCCUGGUUCUACUGCUAGCUGGUACUGGAAGCAAGUGUGCAAUACAAAGGAGCAACUCAAACAGUUCUUUACUUGUGCAGAUUUUGAGAACAUGCCUCAUUAUUCAGUGCAACAAGUGUAUGAGAAACUCCUAGGGGACAAGCCAAGAGUGCAUUGGGACAAAAUGGUUUGGAAUAGGCUGAAUGUUCCAAAACAUAGAUUCAUUUUCUGGUUGGCUGUUCAAUCAAAGCUCCAGACUACAGACAGACUAGCAAAGAUAGGCAUUAGUCAAUCUGGUAGUUGCUUGAUUUGUGGCUUGGAUGAUGAGACUCAUCAGCAUCUCUUUUUUCAGUGCCAGUAUAGUAAGAAAAUUAUUAUAGCAGUACAUCAUUGGAUAGGUUUCUCUAUUCAUGGCAAUUUGGUUCAGUUAGUCAGGAAAGCUGGACAAAGUAAAGCUUCAAAGUUCAGGAAGCAGGUGUAUUUUGCAGCUGUUGGUGCUGCUGUCUAUCUGAUCUGGAGGUGUAGAAACACAAGUUUUUGGGAUAACUCCAUUCCCACUGUCAGUCAGAGUAUGAAGGAUUUGAAGCAAAUGGUCAAGAGCAGAAUUCAGGUUGUUCUGCCAAAGCAUGGUUUGUUCAUAGAUAAAGAUGGGGUGGUGUUGGAAUUAGAAAAUGGUGGUGGUGGUGGUGGCGGUCGUGGUGGGGUGGAGCAGGGGAGGGCUACUUUGAGAGAAGUUGUGGUCUUUGAGGAAAUCUGUCCUUCAUGA